AAUUACCGGUUUUUAUCGGAAAAUAAAAACGAUAUUUUUUUUAUCGAUUAUCGAAAUAUUCCGGUAAUUGCUUGCCCUACUAUGUACUCACUGCUCUGUGAAGUGAUUAGUAGGUAUACCGGUAGGUAUAUAUACGGUAACACUUACAAACGCGUCACUGAGCGACGAGGGCUAGUCGAGAUUGAUUGCUGAUUUCACUCACUCAGUUGAGUGCGCAAGAGUGCAGUCAGUGGUUGUGCUGUGGUCUGUGGAUUAUAAUUUUUGUAUAUACAAUGUUGUUCCGUUGGCAUGUAGUGCUUUGUGCGUUAGUUUUACUUUCUAUUCUUGAUGUGAAAUCAGUUAAUGGUAAGAGAAGUUUUGGAGGCAGUCAUAGCUAUCCGAGAUCGGGUGGUCUCUCAGGCGGGGGCAGUCAUAGCAAUCCGAGAUCGGGUGGUCUCUCAGGCGGGGGCAGUCAAAGCAAUCCGAGAUCGGGUGGUCUCUCAGGCGGGGGCAGUCAUAGCAAUCCGAGAUCGGGUGGUCUCUCAGGCGGGGGCAGUCAUAGCAAUGCGAGAUCGGGUGGUCUCUCAGGCGGGGGCAGUCAUAGCAAUCCGACAUCGGGUGGUCUCUCAGGCGGGGGCAGUCAUAGCUAUACGAUAUCGGGUGGUCUUUCAGGCGGGGGCAGUCAUAGCUAUCCGAUAUCGGGUGGUCUCUCAGGCGGGGUCAGUCAUAGCUAUCCAAAAUCGGGAGGCAGUCACUCCCACCUUUCACCUGGUACAAAUGAUGGAUAUCCGGUAUCUGGUGGAUCAUCUGGCAACGGUCAUGGGUCGGCAAAUAAGCAUUCUUCAGGCGGUACUCAUACCACAAAUAAUUAUAACAAUUAUCACUACAGUCCACCGCAACAGAUUAGAUACACUCCAGUCGGGGGUGGAGCUCCUAGGACCUACCCUGUGUACCGAGGCACGCCGCCGACCUACGUGUAUCAAAUCAGGGACUCAGGAAGCAAAUACGGUACAUUAUUAACUGGUCUCGCUCUGUUUAAUCUCGGACGUCGUGCGUACGCGACCAGCCGCGGUGGUAGCCACAGAGGCAGCUCUGGACACUAUCAACCGCAACUUGGUGAGGUAUGCAUGUUUGGCAUCAAAAAAGGCAAUGAUUACGAAGAGACCAAAAUAAAUUGUCAAUUGAUAUCUAGUUUUAUAUUGCAAGAGGAGGCAAAAGCACAGAAUAACGCGACUAAUACAAGCAUCAUCACAACAACAGUCACAAAUAUAACCACAGUUAACAUGACAAAUGGUGUGCCUAAAUCAGCUGCAACAACACAAACCCCUGCAAUUGGUAAUCCUAUUUACAUGAAGUUGCCUAAUGUUACAUUGGUGCCUUUUAAUGCUACUGUUGUAAAUCCAACUGCAAAUGUAACUGCCCCAGAAGCUAGUUCUAACAAUAUUAUAUCAUCAUCAGUAACUGUUACAACCACUACAACAAACACGACUGUAACAAAUGCCUUGGAUGUGAAAGGAAAGCCAGUAGUUGUAACGCCUGGCAUGCAAUGUUUUGUAAUGAGAACCACACCUGUAUCUCGAAUGAAAAAAUCCAUACCUUGUGGUCUCCUACAGACUUAUGCAGAGAAGUCAAUAACAAAGAGUGCAGCUGGUCAAAAUGCACCAGCAUUUAUGAUGUUGGCAACUGCAGUCGCAUUAAGUUUAUUGUAUUGAAGUACAUAGCCUAACUUAUAGUUUUGACGUCUUUUAAGCUCAGUCUUGAAUUGUGUGUAUAAUGUGUUUACUGUUGGUAUUAGCUAGUGGUGAAUCCAGGAUUUUGAUUUUGCAAAUUCUUGAAUUAAAAAUAUUGUCAUAAUAAAAAAUAGAAUUGGAAAAUGCUGUACUCCCUUAAAGGAAGAAAGUAGCAUAAAAUCAAGUUUCAUUGAGAUGUAUCAGGAGUGAACCUACAUGAUUUUCGUGGGGAACUUGAGUCCCUUAGAUAAACAACCAUCCUCCACGUGGAUCCGCCAUGUUCAUUAGCAGUUGAGUCAGAUGUACUUAUUAGUAUUUAUAUAAUAUAAGACUUGAUAUAAUUUUUAAUAAUUUUUUUUCCAAGAGUUUGCAGUUUUUUAGUUUAAACUCCUAAUUGUCAAUGUUAUUUUAAAUAUAAAAGAUAAAGAGUUCAUGGUAAACAAAAUAUUUCCAUCUGUGUUAAAUAUAAAUAAAUCAAGUGCAGCUUAUGAUAACCAUAUUAUAAAAGAUUUAUAUACAUGUAAUAAAUUAACACAUUUGUGUAAUUCUUUAUUAGUAAUAGAUAGUAUGCCUGAUUUUCCUGGUCACGAUUCAUUAAAACGAUAACGCAUAACUUUGCAAACUAUUUGUUUUUUCAAUAACAAAACAUGAAAAACUGAGAUUUGAGUCAAGUCUUCCCUCCCUCAGGAAUGUUACGGUUUAAAUAAAAUGCAGUAAAAGGGGGUUUGGGGGGAGUUAACCAUACUUUAUUUUGGAAAGGAAAAAAUUCAAAAUAUUACUUACCUUACAUAUACAGGAUGGAUUUUUAAGAUGGGGCCGUAAGGGUAGUUACGUUAACUACGUAACUUCAAGAAAAAAAUCAUAUGAUACUUAUCCAUAAUUUUUAAGACUUUCAUGUAUGAAUCUGUAUGUCAUCAAUGUCAAUGUCAUCUGUCACAGACAGUAAGAAAAGAUAAAAAAUA